UCUCUCUCUUAUUUGAUAGGUUUUAGUGAGAGAAAUCCCUCCAUGAUUUUCGGCCUUCCUCAAGCCCCUUCAUCUUGCUUCAUUUACAGCCAGGCAGUUUAGAUUGAUUCUACAGUUUGAAGGUUUUAUUCAUAUUUGAUUGAUCUUAGUUUGGAGAGUGAUCGAUUGAGAGUUUCUGGAAUUGUAUUGACUGAUUUUUCUGUGCAAUUUCCGAUUUUUCUCAGCAAUUUAUUGGAUCAUAUAUGAGUCAAUGAGAUCAUCAUUUUGGUAAAUUUAAAAAUGGGAAACUAUUUCAAACUUUUGUAGAGGAGGAGAUUGAAUUUGAAGUGUUUGAUGGAUUUCCAAAGCGAAGUAUAAAAAUUGGGUUUUUCUGUAUAGCGUAGGAAAAGUCCAGUUUUUGGGCUACAAAAAUUUGAAAAAGUUAGCAAUAGAUUAGAAAAUCAUUUGGGCUAGAAGUUCUCUCUCUCAAAAUUGUAAAAGUUAGCAAUAGAUUUAUUGGCUACAAGGUUAUCAUAAGUUCUCUGUUGAACAUGCUUAAAAGAUUUGAUUUCAGGCUUGCAUUCUUUCUCCCAUUGGCAACUUUCGACAAUCUUGUUGUCCUGUGUUAUUGUGCGUUAAGGGGCAUCCUGUGUUUUUGUGCGUUAAGAGGUAUAAAGCAAAUGGCAUCAGACAGAGUAUUUUGUGUCUCAGAGGACAAAUUCAUAUGGAACAACUUCAAAGGAGGGGCUAUGGCUAUUUUUUUGUUUUAUUUGUUUUUUGAAAAGUUUGUUGUUAAACUAUUGGCAUUAUUGACACUCAAAAAAAAAGAUACAGGUUGUAUGCCAUUGUACAGGCUUGUCUGUUGAUUAGAGUGUGUAUGGUUUUUGUGUAAACUUGGCGACGGUUUGUUGCAAUUAUGCAAAUCUGUCUUGAUCUGCAGCAAGAGCUUGUCUUCUUGGUGGCAUUGGCCAUGAUAUUUUAUUGUUGAAAAAAUAUU